ACGGACUCGGCAGUCGAGCGCUUACAGAGUGUGGUUCCGGUGGGGUCGAUCACCAACGGUGUGUUCGUGCCUUUACGUUACUAUCGAACUAUACUCGCGAGUGUAACGAACGUUUGAGAAGACGUUUCGCGCCAAAAACGUAUUCCAAAGUUUAAAAUUUGUUUUGCAAAUGUCUAUGCGAUUUUUAAUAAAAUUAUGUAAAUAAUGUUUAUAAGUUAUUAGUAUUUUUGUUAACAGCCUAUUGAUAAAAAGUAUGUGUUUUAAUAUUUUAUUGUAUCAAUAAAAUGUGAUAUUCGGUUUUAUGAUUAAAAACAAACAUUGCUUGUUGUGUUCAGUGAACUACAUUUAAAAACAAUUAAAAAUGGAGUUAAAAUGGGACUGUCUUCUACACGUUUUAGUGAUUUUAUUUUCAACGAAAAAAAUCCAUGCCGUUCAGAGGUUUGUCGAGAUGCCAUCGUAUACGGAGGUGAAUCCAGGGGAGGACGCCUUACUCAAGUGUCGGAUAUCAGAGAAGAGAGGUGUUUGUUCCUGGCAAAAAGAUAAUAAGCCCGUAGGCAUCUACCGUGGUAAAUAUGAGUGGGCAAACGAGAACAGUCCCGUUGGAGGAGACUGCUCACUUUGGGUACGCGCUGCGACACUUCAGCUUGAUGAUGGUCAAUGGCAGUGUCAAGUUACUGCCAGUAAUUAUGACGUACAGGACGCCUUAUCAAGUCCACCAGCUCCUUUAGCAGUUCGAGUGCCUCCACAAUCUCCGAGGAUCCUAUUCAACGGCUCCCACGUGCUACCAGGCCAAAACAUCACAGUUCCAGCGGGGUCCAGAGCGACAGUCGUCUGUGAAGCCAGAUAUGGCAAUCCACCUGCAUAUAUCGAGUGGUAUUUAGAAAAAGAACGCCUGACAGCGUGGAGCCAAACCAAUGCUUCGGAAGUGGAGCGACCUCGGGUUUGGGCGGCCAGAUCCGUGUUGGAACUCGGAGCGACGCGUUCGGCUCACGGCCGGACUUUGGCUUGUAGGGCGCAUCACCCUUCUUAUCCGGCGCCGUACUACCGGGACUCCUACACGAUGCUGGAUGUCACUUAUGCUCCUGUGGUUUCCAUAAACGGCGCCGACGCGAGCACCCUGGCCAAUCUGGAGGAAGGUUCCAGUGCUCUAUCUCUGGAGUGCAGGGCCAACGGGAACCCUAGCCCUUACGUGUGGUGGACUAGGAACGGACAAGUCAUACCCACAAAUGGCCCAAAACUGAUCCUGGCUCCUAUAGUCAGGAAUCAUUCAGGUAUCUAUGGAUGCCAAGCCCGAAAUUCGGCCGGGACCUCCGACUCGGUGAAAAUUGAAAUUGAUGUCAAAUAUCCACCGAGGGUCACUUGGGUCGGGCCGGACACAGUGGUGGAAGCCAAUCUCUUCUCGCAAAUUACUUUGGAGUGCAAGGCUGAGGGGAACCCGCCUCCUUCCUACCAGUGGUACCACAGCCCGGGGGGCGCCGCCCGCAUCAACGACGCGCAGGAGGAGGGCGUCCCCGUGUCCUCCACGCCGCAGCUGCAGCUGCACAACGUGUCGUACGCGCAGCACGGCCGCUACACCUGCGUCGCCUCCAACCGCAUCGGCCUUCAGGACAGGAGUCACCAGUCGGAGGCGAUCCGCGUGAACGUGUUGGGUCCGCCGGUGGGGGAGGCGCGGGGGGCGGCGCACGCGUGGCGGGGGGCCGCCGUCCGCCUGCACGCCGCCCUGUGCGCCGACCCGCCGCCGCGCCGCGCCGUCUGGACCUGGGGCAGUCUGCGCCUCGACGUGCCCGGGGAACUAGGUCGUUUUAGUUCGCUGGAACCGUCUUCCGAGAACGGCUGCUACCGGUACACGCUGCUCGUGUCCAAUGUGGCGCCGGACGACGCCCGCGCCUACGUGCUGCGCGUCGAGAACGAGCGCGGCUCCUCCACGCACGCCGUGGCGCUCACGGUGCACGAUAAUUUUUCGCUAACAGAGACGUCGCACGCGGCCCCGCUCGCGGCCGCCGCGCUGGUCUCCGCCGCGCUGCUGGUGCUCGUGCUGUGCCUCGUCGUCAGGUGCAGGAGGAGGAGAGAAAGCGUCGAGUACAAGACUGAUGACUUAAAUAGCGAGAAGACCGUGCUCCCAGCGGACGCGGUGUACACGCCGCGCGUCCCUGCGAGCCCCCCCGUCCCCCCGAGCGUGGCCGGUACUCCCCGGGCGCGCUGCAGGUCCGGCGCGCGGCCGUGGUGCUGCAGCCGCCCACCACCGUGUGAUCUGCACAGGCAGCACUUUCGUCGCUGGAAAAACAAGCCAAAGAUAACGUGUACGCGGUACUAGAUCCGCAUAUACAAUACGAAAUAACAAUAAACAAGCUCGGAGAACCGCCGAGACAUUUGUCUCUAUCGAAACCUCUGAAUCACCAAAGAUCGCAGCACGCUUUCGAUCCAAAUAAUGAAACUAAAGAGAUCAACAAUAACGUCUCCGAGACGAGAUUCAGCACGUUUAAACCACAACACAGAAUCAAUACAAGGGACAGACAGAAUAAUAACAAUCAAAUCAGCAAAACAAAUCACGACGUUGAAUAUUCAAAGGAUCCAAAGUUUGGGUUCGAACGAGGGAACAGCUGUGUGGAUAACUUCAAUCCAGACAACGGAACAAGAAAUUCAUAUAAUCGGUCCCGGGAGCGAAACAGCUCAGGACGGAGACCCGUUACGAUCCAAAAGAAUCGCGACUCGUUCGUUAGAGAUUCGAAACGAACGUCCACCCGUAGCUGGAUCUUCGAUACCGCUGAAGACAGAAAAGGGAAAGAAGAGUUCUUUGAUGAACUAGAGAAAGCUGAAAGGAAACACGAUAAGGUCAUGAAUGCGGAAGACUGCCAGCCGCGACCUGGUAAAGUCAAGGAGAUCGCUUCGAAGUUCAACAGGAGUAGCCUAGAGAGCAGACCCUUGGGAUUACAGAAGGAGAGACCGAAGCCGUUACAAAGCUACGGGUACCAAGCUUAUCUGGACCACGUCUUCCCGGAUGCAGUUGAAAUAUGAGAGCAGCAAACAAAGUCAGAUCUCCGCUUAAUCUGCGAUGUUAAAAAUAAUGUACUUAUUAAUAUUUACAAAUCUUUUACCGCUGUACUUAUUUAUUAGUGAUGCAUGCCAUACUCUUGUUCACAUUUAGUAUUAGUGUUGUAGUAGCUCUAGAUCGUUCGCGAGCCGUGUGCGAUGAACGUAAUGUCGGCGAAAAUAUGAAGCCGUCAGCGCAAAAGUGGCCUAACUCACAACUUUUCAAUAUCAUGUUUAUAAUUAUACAUAUUGCAAUUUGUUUAAAAUAUAAUAAAUUUUGAUGCAAAACCCAUAGAUAACACAUGGUUUUGUAAACAUAAUUUUUGCACGUAUUGUUUUUUUGCCUACUCAAAUUCAAAUUCAUGAAAACUUAAACCUCAUUGCUCAAUAAUAACGAUGGUAAGCUUAGACCACUUUUGCGCUGACGGCCUCAUAUAUCGUUGCAUUUAUGCAUUACGUAGAAAAUAGCUUUGGAAUCAUUAGGACUUUUUUACUACGGGCACAUGAAGUUACUGUUACGAUAAAUAAUCAAGUCGUUCAAUGUAUUUCUGGAAAAUUACAUUUUAAAAAUCUUUACUAUUGUAUAUUUUAUUUGUUUAGCACUAGUCUAAUAUGCGUUAGUAAGAACUCGACUGUCGGUCAGUAGAGCAAAGUUAACUACAAACAUUUUUGAAUAUUUUUUUCUAUAUGUAUGUAUUUAAUAAUUAAAAUCUAUCUUUAAAUCUAAUAAAUUAUAAUUCAAAACAAAAAAAUGUAGUUUGUAGGCACCCACUCGAUUGAACACCUAAAAAUAAUUCCACGAACUAUGUCUGUUGCGCAAAAGUUAAUUUUUUUAAGUUUAGUUUUUUGUAUUGUUGAAGAUUUUAACAGUAUUAAAAAAUAAAUAAAAAAGAAAGAACAAAAAAAAAAGAAACCAAUUUUUUUAUCAUUACCAAAA